UUCCUGCAGUCCAAUAUCUAGAGGCCUAAAAAAAUCCACGUGUAAGGUUCACCGCCAAUCAGCGGGCGGCAUACGGUAGGUUGCUAGGGGUGCUUAGGGGGCGGCACUUGUGGAAAUGGAGACGUGUCAGGAUUGGCCAGAAGUCUGACAAGGAAAAACAUGGCUUCUCUGGACAGAGUGAAGGUUCUGGUGCUGGGGGAUUCAGGAGUCGGAAAGUCUUCUCUGGUGCAUCUGUUGUGUCACAAUCAGGUUUUGGGGAACCCCUCGUGGACAGUUGGCUGCUCAGUGGAUGUGCGGCUCCACGAGUACAGGGAAGGGACGCCGGAGGAGAAGACGUAUUACAUUGAGCUCUGGGACGUGGGGGGUUCCGUUGGCAGUGCCAGCAGUGUGAAGAGCACCAGGGCUGUGUUUUAUAAUGCAGUGAAUGGGAUCAUCCUCGUUCAUGACUUGACAAACAAGAAAUCAUCUCAGAACCUUUAUCGCUGGUCAUUAGAAGCCCUGAACCGAGACCUGCAGCCAACUGGAGUGCUAGUCACUAAUGGAGACUAUGACCGAGAGCAGUUUGCUGAUAAUCAGAUCCCAUUGUUGGUCAUUGGAACCAAACUGGACCAGAUUCCAGAGGCGAAACGCAAUGAGGUCCUGACACGAACUGCCUUUCUAGCGGAGGAUUUUAAUGCUGAAGAGAUUAAUCUUGACUGUACUAAUACACACAAUCUGGCUGCUGGAUCUUCCAAUGCCGUCAAACUCAGCAGGUUCUUUGACAAGGUUAUUGAGAAAAGAAACUCACGAGAAGGAAAUCUGAUCCCUGGAUUCUCCGAUCGGAAACGCUUUGUAGGGGGGAGUCUUCACUAUGACAGGGGCCCAUAUUGGUUGGACUGUGAGGAGUGAAGAGCUGGACAUAGUUGUGUGUGGGCAUUGUUAGAAUGAGGGGCUUGGAUCUUUCAUGUGGGACCCUAUAAACAAAGCGCUUCAGCCCCUGAGGGCGACCCCCCCUAUGCUUUUACCUUUGGUCAGUCCCAGGGUACAUGUUGUCCAGCUGCAGUCUAUAGGCCAGUCCCAAAAGGAAGAAACGCACGGGGGAACCGAGGAACCCUCCAACUCGAAAGAGUAUUCUUAUACCCUGGAAAUAAAACGUUAUCCCUUUAAUGUA